AUGUCGAACUUCGAGCCAAAUGCCGUGAUCCGCGGCUUCCAGCUCACAGUGGUAGGCACUGUUCGUGCAUUAGCAAACCCUGAAUUAUUCAAGUACGACCAUUUCCGCCAAGCAGCUCUCGCGAUAGCUAUCGGCAUCGUGAUCCAAUUGAUCAUUCAAAUUCCACUCCUCAGUGUGAGAUUCUCCAUCUACAUCUUAUCAUGGGUGGUCAACCUGGAGCAGGUUGUCUGGGACGACAAGCUUCUCAAUGGAUUGGAAUUUAUGUCCAAGUCUGUCCUUCAGGUGCCAUUCUUGCUCAUGACCCUGAUGCGAUAUGUGACGCCCACGCUGGAUGAAAUCUUCAUGCAGUCCAUUCAAUGGGUGGACGCCACAUACAUCCAGAAACAUAAAUCCGAAGAUCCCCAUCACUUGCGCUCUCUAUACUACCCCAAUCUUGUUCAGUACUCCGCCAAGGGCGGCUCCAGCGUUUCUCGACCGAUUCCCGAAGCACUGAAGUCAUUCUUCAAUCGCUAUGCAAAGAAGAUUGGCAUGAUGCUUGGUAUCUACCUUCUCUCGAUGGUUGUAAUCAUCGGUCGGUUUGUUAUGCCUGCAGCAAGUUUCUACACAUUCCGAAACCAUGUCGGCUCCACCCCCGCGGCUGUCAUUUUUGGUGUAGGCUUGAUUCUGCCGAAGAAGUACAUUGUCACGUUUCUCCAUACCUACUUUGCUUCGCGCAGUCUGAUGCGUGAGCUUCUCGAACCCUACUUUUGGCGCAUCAAGUUUACCCCCGAGCAAAAGCGUCGGUGGUUCCGCGACCGAGAAGGUGUUCUUUUCGGCUUUGCCUUCGCUUUCACGGUUCUUCUGCGCAUCCCAUACAUUGGUGUGCUGAUGUAUGGUGUUGCUGAGGCAUCUACAGCGUACCUUGUCACCAAGAUCACCGACCCGCCUCCACCUCCUGCUGAAAGUACAGGUUUCGCGGAAAGCCAGGUUACCUGGAAAAACAAACAUGAUUUCUUGCGCUUAUCUCUCGAUAAUCUUGACAAGCUCAAUGUCGACACAGACAAGCACGAUGACAAGGAUUCUGGCUCCCCCGGAAAGAAGUUUUCUUGA